UGCUAGUUGCGGCAUCUUUGAUAUAGGGAGGACAAAGUCACAUGAUUUAUCGCCAUUUUGAGAACUGUACAUUCAAGUAUGGGAGAGAAAGAGAAGGAGAGAGAGAUAGCAGUGAUGUCUGAAUGUGUCAAAUCUCUUAAAAGUGAUGAAAGUUGCGAAAAAUGUGGAAAAGAGCUGUCAAAAGAAGAAUUAUUAUCGCAAGUAAUAAAAUGCGCCAAUUUUGCUGCGGAGAAACAUCGAAAUCAAAGAAGGAAGGAUGUCGAUGAAACGCCAUAUAUAAAUCAUCCUUUAGGCGUAGCAAAUAUUUUAAUUCAAGAAGGUAUGGUUUUUGAACCAGUUGUAAUUCUAGCAGCAAUUUUACAUGAUACGGUAGAGGAUACAGAUACUACAUUUUUGGAAAUUGAAAAAGAAUUUGGAUGUAAAGUUGCUCAGGUGGUUCGAGAAAUGACUGAUGAUAAAACAUUGUCAAAAGCUGAACGUAAACGAUUGCAGAUAGAACACGCACCUAAUAUUUCUCGUGAAGGAAAGUUAGUAACACUGGCUGAUAAAUUGCAUAAUUUGAGAGAUCUUAAGAGAAGUAUACCUGUUGGUUGGACGAAUGAAAGAGUACAGGAAUAUUUUAAGUGGGCGAAAGAUGUUGUAAAUGGAUGUCGUCAAAUUAAUUCCAAUUUAGAAAAAGAAUUAGAUAUUUUGUUUGCCUCAUGUGGUUUACUUUAAAAAUCCAUCAAAAUCCUCUAUAAAUAUAAUAAUUGAUAAAAUUAUAAAUAUAACAAAAUAUAGCCUUUUUGCAAUAUUCAUCAUAAAACAAUUUCAUAUAAUUGGCCAAUGAUUCGGCCUCUUCUUCUGUGACUGCAUUAUAUAAAGAUGCACGUAUUCCACCGACCGAUCUGUGAAAAGAUAAUUGAAUAUUAUUUCAUUAGAUUAUAUAAAAUUAUUCUAUUAAUAUUACACAAAAAUACACAAAAAUUUUGGAUUUGUACAAAAUAUUAUAAAGAUUUUAAUAAACAUAUGAUUAGAAUUAGUUAAAUCAAAUCAGAAA